AUGGAUGUCACUUCUCUAGCAACCAUAGGCCGGCGAGCAGACAGAUCACACUCCUACUAUCUUGACCACGGUCAACAACCAAACCGAUGGGUCAUCAGGGAAGGAAGCUCAUACGACCACGUCAGCUGCUACAGAGAAGAAGAGGUAGCCUUGUCAGGAGGAGCACGAGGAGUUGGAUGCAGAAUAAAGAGAGCAAGAGCGACUAAGCUUGAAGGAUUACUUUGA